UUGAAGACGAUAAAAGGACUGAUAUUUUGCCUGGUUUUGAUUAUAUGCAAUUUUGGUUUGAGAAGAAAUAUUGAUCACAAUCAUAGAGAAAACUGUCCUUCUGACACACUUUUUGAAACUGUGUAUAUAUUCAACUCAAUAGCUGAAGCAAAACCAAAUUGGAAAUCGGUUGAAUUGAUUGUGCUCAACGUUCUUGACGGUUCUUCAUACUUUUCGUAUUUCGACUGUUGUUUGUUUGAAGAAAACAUGUUAAGAAUUCAUCGUUCAAAAGCGAGCAUUAAAAACAGUCAUAACGAAGGAUGGGACCUACAAGAAAUGACGGCUAGGCAAUAUAUGUGUUCUACAAAACACAUAACAUUCAAGCCUGUGUAUGUAGGUCUAGUGGAAUAUGGUAUACCGUGUGAUCCCUGUAUUACAGUGAAGCCUGUGAUAUAUCCAAUAAUUAAGGAACAUGGUACAGCUGUGUGUGCGAAAAUUGCAUUUAACCAUCUUAAUCCUGGGCAUCUCAUAGAAUGGUUUGAAUACCAGAAAUUAAUGUAUGUUAAUACAAUUGUCGUAAUGUUGCAAUAUUUAAACGAUGAGGCUUUAAAAGUGUUUACAUUCUACGAAAGACAAGGUUUUUUGAAAAUUUUGCCGUAUCCAGCAGUCAUGCCAGGACAGACAGACCGUGGAUUUGAAUCGACAAAAUGGCAUUCGGAACAAAGCCCGCAUGAUGAACAGGUUGCUGUAUACACGUGUCAGACAUAUCUACAAGGAUAUGAAUUUGUUACAGUGAUUGAUUUUGACGAAUUCAUUGUACAUGACAAGUUUAUGUCAUACAUGACCAUGAUGAAGUCAGAAUUAUUGCCAGCGUAUCCUGAUGCUGCUGCAUUUACUCUUAAUGUAUCUUUUUUCAUAACGGACUGGGGAGUUUCAGGAGUAGAACCGUUAUUGACCAGUAAAUACAUACAAAAAACGCUUCCACGAUUCGAGCGCUAUAAAAAUUUAUACCUUCCGAAAAGAAUACAAAACAUAAAUACUCAUGAAAUCCAACCAAAAGAGGGAUACAAAAGAAUUCUACUUAGAACUCACAAUGUUGUUCUAUAUCAUUAUAGAAAAUGUCCACGGGAUGAUAACAAGUGGAAAUACUGUAUGCAUAUUACACCAUGUAUUGAUAAAAAAAUGUAUCAGUUGAUGCCAAAACUGCUUAGCAAUGUGAUUGACGUAAAGGCUAGAAUUGGUAUCUCUUGAUGUUCAGUUGUUACAGGAGAACACAAUAUCAAAUUUUUUUUAUAUUUGGAUUUGAAGUAUGAAACAAGAGGAUAGUUAUUCUUUUGGAAAACAAAUAACAGCAGAGACGCUUCUCUACAAUAGUUGCACCCUGAGGCGUAACUUUUUUAUGAGAAUUUGACUGACCAGUGGAUGAUCUGUGACGUGAAAUUGGUCUGGAAAACCAUUAUUUGCAAUGCCUUACAGAAGAACUUGGAAAAUGAUGUUUAAAAUGUUACCUUUUAAAUAAUCUUCAGUUGUAGAUUAUUUUGAAUUUCAGUAUUUGGUAAGCACUUGAUGUUGCACGUUGACUCAUUUAUAUAGCUUCUUCUAAUGUUGUGCUUUUUCACCACUGUCCCAGUUUUGGUAUUGUGGGCGCGCCAUCAAACAUAUCUAAACUCCGUAAAAGUGUGUAUGUGCCUGUCCCAAGUUGUGUCUGUGCCUGUCCCAAGUCAGGAGCCUGUCAAUCAAAGGUUGUUGUUUGUAUUUCUGAAAUUAUUUCAUACAUAAAACAGACCGUUUGUGAAUCCAUUUGAUCUAUG